GACUCAAUCUUAUCCUCUUCUCAUUCUCCUUUCUCCCUCUUGUGUCUUCCACCAGGAACAAGCCGCCGCCGCACGCCUCCGCUUGCUCCCACCCGCGCCCGCCGGUGCACCCGCCCCGGCCCCGCCCGUCGCGGCUGCCCCCACCCCGCCCGCCCCUACCACCGGCGCGGCCGCCUCCGGCCCCGGCCCCAAACGCUGCACCCAACAGCCCCAGCCGUCCCACUCCCAGGGUCCAUCUCAGUCGCCGUCGCAGACCACGCAGCAGGCGUCACCCCAGCAGCAGCAGGUGGCGGCGGUGGCAGCGGCAUAGGCACAAGCACAGACCCAGGCGGCAUGGGUACGAAGCCCCGAGAUGGAGAUGGCGCUGCAGGACGCCAUGCGGGUCUGCAAUCCGGACGUCAAUACGCCCUUCCAGUCCAUCGAGGACGCUGUCAACAGGCUGCAUAUGGCGAGGCGAUGUCUAGUCAGCACGGACCAUACUAUGACUAGAGGACCUCACCUAUUGAUCCCCAGGCUGUGUAUGCAAGUGGUGGAAAAGCUCAUGGAAGGUACACAAUGUUUGCUAACGUCAUCGACUUGAGCCAGGUGAGGGUUCAGCGUGGAGGUUUGUCGAGGUCUGCUGCUCGUAGCUCCCGUCGCUCCACUCAAGAUCCAGCAAAAGUGGAGCAACUGCGCGAAGAACUUAGGCGAAAUCCUCUUCGCUAGUGGAGGUAUCGACCAUCACUCGUCACUGUAACCCGAUGGUGAUCGACGACCAUGAGCUUCCAUGUUAUUGUGUUCUGAUACUUGAGAAUUUUAUUAUGAGUAUGAUGAUGAGAUGUGUCUUAUUAUGAUUAUGGAUGAGACUUUUGUGAUGUAAUUGAUGAGACUAUGGAUUUAAAUAUUGUUA